GAGUACUUUUGUGGAUAUGGGGUAGUCGGUGGAGUUACCUAAACAAGGUGCUGUACUAGUAGCCUUGUCGGGAUAACGGGGUGCUAUCGAGUCAGUUUGAAGAAUAUAUAAAGGGGAAGACGAUGGCAGGAUCGUUGAACCAAGGCCAACAAACACCCAGAGCCAGAGCAGGACGAGUUAGUAGCCAUGCAUUUCUCUAAAUUCCUGACCCUCACUGCGGCCACCCUGGCUGUCGCUCACCCGGGCGAAAAGCACGAUCCCGAGGUCGUCAAACGGGAGAUCCGCGCUCGGGACGUCCAUGCCGCCAGAUCCAAACGCGCUCUGGACGCCUGUUCGACCACCGCUCACGCACAGCAGCUGCAGCAGCGGAAUAUUGCCCGUCGUGCUCGUACUGCGCGAGAGCUGCGUCAGGCCAGAGGAAUCACUGCCAACCCCCAGAAAUGGCGCCGUGAUCUCGCUGCUCUCGAGGAGUGGGAAGCCAUCAACCACAACCGCACCGGACUGCUUGACCUUUCUCCCAACACGCCCGAAUCCGUCAUCUUCGGUGCCAACACGAGCGCUAUCCUGUCCCCGACCAUCACCGACGGCCCCUACUAUGUCUGGGGUGAAGUGAUGCGCCAGGACGUCCGCGAGGAGAAGUACUCCGACGGUGUGGACAGCUUCAUCGAGGUGCAGUACAUCGACGUGAACACCUGCCGCCCUGUCCCUGGCGCCAUCGUCGAUAUCUGGCAGGCCAACGCCACCGGCGUGUACAGCGGAAUCUCCACCUCCGGCAACUACGCCGCCGACGGCUGGGACUCGACCUUCCUGCGCGGCAUCCAACAGACCGACUCCGACGGCGUCGUGACCUUCUCGACGAUCUUCCCCGGCCACUACGACGGCCGCGCCACGCACACCCACCUCCUGACACACCUGAACGCCACCCUGCACCCCAACAACCAGACCCUCGUCGUGGGCACCGGCAGCGUCGCACACAUCGGCCAACUCUUCUGGAACGAGGUCCUCCGCUCCGCCGUCGAAGACACAUACCCCUACAACACGAACAGCCAGGACAUCACUUCCAACGCGGAGGACAUGUGGAGCGUCGAGCAGGCCAGCUCCGCGUAUGACCCGUUCCCGGAGUAUAUUUAUCUGGGCGAUGGGUUGUCCGAUGGGUUGUUUGCGUGGAUCCAGAUUGGUAUCAAUACCACCGCAGAUUAUACCGAUAACAGCUACUACAGCAUUGCGGCGUAUUAUGAUGAGAAUGGCGGUCAUCAGAAUGAGGACUCGGGAUUCAUGGGAGGUGGUGGUGGUGAUGGUGCCCCGUCUGGUGUGCCUUCCGGUGUCCCUUCGGGUUCUGUGUCCGGGGCGGCGCCGUCUUCGACUGCCUAGAUGUACAGGUUUGGGUUUGAGGAGGUGAGAUAAUAAGGGUGGAAGUACUUGUUUUAAUAUUGUGGAUG